AUGGCGAGACGGUGGGUGGCAUUCAUAAUGCUUUACGUGCAUUUAGCGAGUUGCAACAAUGAGAACAGUGUCAAAGAUCCCACGCCAGCUGUCUACGAACCAUCGUGGACAUACAAGUGCGUGCCAGACGAGGGUUGCCAACGAUCACAGUCGCCUGAACCCACGGCAAAUUAUACGGGAACUGUGUAUGAGAGCCUGGAUCUCUGCCGGACGGUAUGUGGCAGAUUCGGGGGUAUCUGGCCGCGACCAGUCACAGCAGCAUUAAGCUCGCAGACCGUGAAGAUACAUCCGAAUUACUUGAGGUUUGAUCUGAUCGAUGCUCCGGUAGAGACGAGAGAACUUUUAGCUAAAAUGACUCAAGUAACGGCAUCAAAUUUAUUAGACGAAUGUGAUGGCAAUGUAACUGAUGUAGUCAAAACACCAGUUAUUGUCUAUAUCACUAUCAAGACACCGAAUACAGACCUCACCUGGAGUACUGAUGAAUCAUAUAUGCUGGAUGUUCAAAAUAAAGAAGCGAACAUUGCCGUGCACAUAUCAUCUGAAACAGUGUAUGGAACACGAAAUGCAUUGGAGACAUUCACACAACUAGUCACAGCAGAUAAACCAGACUACACAGAUCAUUCUAAAUGUGGCCUCCGACUCAUCUCGGGAGCAAAGAUAAGGGACAAACCUGCAUUUCCUCAUAGAGGUUUCAUGUUGGAUACCUCAAGGAAUUUCAUACCGAUAGAAGAUAUAAAGAGAAUGCUUGAUGGUAUGGCUGCCACGAAAAUGAACGUGUUUCAUUGGCAUGCUACUGAUACUCAUAGUUUUCCGUUGGAGUCAUCGAGAGUUCCGCAAUUCACGAGAUACGGAGCGUAUUCAGCGUACGAGAUUUACACAGCGGAAGAAAUCCGUGAGUUGAUAAAUUACGCGCGAGUGAGAGGAAUCAGAGUUGUCAUAGAGAUUGACUCUCCUGCCCACGCUGGGAACGGUUGGCAAUGGGGAAAGGAAUAUGGUUUUGGUGAUCUCGCGGUGUGCGCUAAUAAAAAUCCGUGGAGAUCAUUCUGUAUCCAGCCUCCGUGCGGUCAGUUGAAUCCUGCUAAUCCAAAUAUGUAUAAAGUUCUUCGAGACCUGUACAAGGAUAUAGCCGAGAUGUUGGCUAAGCCCGCUCUGUUUCACAUGGGAGGGGAUGAGGUAUUUAUCGAAUGUUGGAAUUCGACCCAAGAUAUAGUCACGUAUAUGGAAAAUAAAGGUUACGAGAGAAAUGUGGAGGGUUUCAUUAAGCUAUGGGCAGAGUUCCACUCAACGGCUCUGCAAAUAUGGGACGAAGAAUUGGCAGAAUCCGGACAGAACGACCAGCCCGUGAUGCUUUGGUCUUCGGAGUUAACACAAGCGCAUCGGAUACAAAAGUACUUAAAUAAGGAUAGAUACGUAAUAGAAGUAUGGGAACCUCUAUCUAGUCCCUUGCUUACCCAACUCCUCAGACUCGGGUACAGAGCUGUUUCCGUCCCUAAGGACAUUUGGUACUUGGAUCACGGUUACUGGGGGAACACUAAGUACUCAAACUGGAGAAGGAUGUAUUCCAAUGUGUUGCCAGUUGAUGCGAACAUGUUGGGUGGGGAGGUCGCCAUGUGGAGUGAAUAUGUGGAUUCACAGGCUUUAGACACCCGAGUAUGGCCGCGGGCCGCAGCUGUGGCUGAGCGGCUUUGGUCCAACCCCAGUUCGAGUGCCAGUGUUGCCGAACCCAGGCUUCAGCGGCUGAGAUCUCGACUGGCUGCCAGAGGAAUACCUUCCGAUGUCCUGUCACCAGGCUGGUGUUCACAACAUGAUGCACGGUGUCUAUAG